GUGUGGAGCAGGCAAAAAGCCACUGGGGGAAGCCAGUCCUGAUCAGUGCCGUCUGGCUCCAGCUCCUGAUCCUGUGCGGAGCAACAGCCGCGGUCGCAGUCUCCGCCACCGCCUCCGCCUCCAUCGUCGUCGGGGGAGGGGCCAGCCGGACCCCGGGGUCACAGCCGAGGAAUGAGGAGAGGCGGCCGGGCCCCGCGCUCCGCCCCGGCCUAGGGCCUUGCCCCGGGAGCCGCGAGGGUGGAGGCCUGAAUUUUGAUCUAUGUCCACCCUACCUCAGCUGCCUGAAAGUACUUAAUGAGCACAUGACCCUGGACAUGGAUGCUGUCCUGUCAGAUUUUGUCCGUUCCACAGGCGCAGAGCCUGGGCUGGCCCGAGAUCUCCUGGAAGGAAAGAAUUGGGACGUGAGUGCCGCCCUCAGUGAUUUUGAACAGCUACGUCAAGUCCAUGCUGGGAACCUGCCCCCACCCUUUAGUGAAGGGAGUGGUGGCUCCAGGACCCCUGAAAAGGGGUUUUCGGAUAGAGAGUCUGCCCGCCCUCCCCGACCCACCCUGCAGCGGCAGGAUGACAUCGUUCAAGAAAAACGCCUGUCUAGGGGCAUCUCCCACGCCAGCUCCAGCAUUGUUUCCCUGGCCCGGUCCCAUGUCUCCUCCAAUGGUGGGGGUGGGGGGAGCAGUGAGCACCCCCUGGAAAUGCCCAUCUGUGCCUUCCAGCUUCCAGAUCUCACUGUGUACAAUGAAGACUUCCGCAGCUUCAUAGAGAGAGACCUUAUUGAACAGUCCAUGCUGGUUGCCUUGGAACAGGCAGGGCGUUUGAACUGGUGGGUGAGUGUGGACCCUACCUGCCAGAGGCUGCUUCCUUUGGCAACUACUGGGGAUGGAAACUGCCUCCUGCAUGCAGCCUCUCUGGGCAUGUGGGGUUUCCAUGAUCGGGACUUGAUGCUGCGGAAAGCUUUGUAUGCGCUGAUGGAGAAAGGGGCCGAGAAGGAAGCAUUAAAGCGGCGCUGGAGGUGGCAGCAAACACAGCAGAAUAAAGAGUCAGGCCUCGUGUACACAGAGGAUGAAUGGCAGAAGGAAUGGAAUGAGCUGAUCAAGCUUGCCUCGAGUGAACCCCGCAUGCAUCUAGGUUCCAAUGGAGCCAACUGUGGUGGGGUGGAGAGUUCAGAGGAGCCUGUAUAUGAGAGCCUAGAAGAAUUCCACGUCUUUGUCCUCGCCCAUGUGCUUAGGAGGCCCAUAGUCGUCGUGGCCGACACCAUGCUGAGGGACUCUGGUGGGGAAGCGUUCGCCCCUAUUCCCUUUGGGGGAAUCUAUCUGCCCUUGGAGGUCCCAGCCAGCCAGUGUCACCGCUCCCCUCUGGUGCUCGCCUACGAUCAAGCCCACUUUUCUGCACUUGUGUCCAUGGAGCAGAAGGAGAAUGCCAAGGAACAAGCUGUGAUCCCACUUACAGAUUCAGAGCAUAAGCUGCUGCCCUUGCACUUUGCUGUGGACCCUGGAAAGGGCUGGGAGUGGGGCAAAGAUGACAAUGACAACGUCCGAUUGGCCAGUGUAAUCCUAUCCCUAGAGGUCAAAUUGCAUCUGCUGCAUGGCUACAUGAAUGUGAAGUGGAUCCCAGUGUCCUCUGAUGCACAGGCUCCCCUGGCACAACCUGAGUCCCCCACAGCCUCAGCUGGAGAUGAGCCCCGGUCCACUCCUGAGUCUGGGGAAUCAGACAAGGAGUCGGUUGGCAGCAGUUCUACAAGCAAUGAGGGCAGCAAGCGGAAAGAGAAGUCAAAGCGAGGUCGGGAGAAAGACAAGAAGAGAGCAGAUUCUGUGGCCAACAAACUGGGCAGCUUUGGCAAAACUUUGGGCAGCAAGCUCAAAAAGAACAUGGGAGGCCUGAUGCCCAGCAAGGGCUCGAAGCCCGGAGGGGUGGGAACGGGGUCGGGGGUAAGCAGCGGCACCGAGACCCUGGAGAAGAAGAAGAAGAACUCACUGAAGAGCUGGAAGGGUGGCAAGGAGGAGGCAGCGGGGGAUGGGCCCGUGUCUGAGAAGCCCACGUCUGAGUCUGUUGGUAAUGGAGGGAGCAAGUAUAGCCAGGAAGUGAUGCAGAGCUUGAGCAUUAUGAGGAUUGCCAUGCAAGGGGAGGGGAAGUUUAUUUUUGUUGGAACCCUGAAGAUGGGUCACCGUCAUCAGUAUCAGGAGGAGAUGAUCCAGCGCUACCUUUCUGAUGCUGAGGAGAGAUUCCUGGCCGAGCAGAAGCAGAAGGAGGCAGAGAGGAAGAUCCUGAAUGGAGGGGUGGGGAGUGGGCCUCCUCCAGCCAAAAAGCCAGAGCCAGAUGGCGGGGAGGAGUUGCUGACUGCCCCCCCAGCAGAGUCCAAGGCAGUGGCAUUCCCUGCUGGCUACCCUGGGGGCUUUACUGUCCCGAGGCCUGCUGGGGCUGGAGCCCACUGCCAGGAACCCCGGAGGCAGCUGGCAGGGGGGCCCUGGGGGGGGGGCCUACCACCCUAUGCCACCUUCCCCAGACAGUGUCCUCCAGGGCGGCCCUACCCCCAUCGGGACUGCAUCCCGUCUCUGGAGCCAGGCAGUCACCCCAAGGAUGGCCUUCACAGGGGUGCGUUGUUAGCACCCCCAUUCCGUGUGGCUGACUCCUACAGCAACGGCUUCAGAGAGCCCCCUGAGCCAGAUGGAUGGGCUGGAGGGCCCCGGGGGCUUCCUCCAACCCAGACCAAAUGCAAACAGCCGAACUGCAGCUUCUAUGGACACCCUGAGACAAACAACUUCUGCUCCUGCUGUUACAGGGAAGAACUGAGGAGGAGGGAGCGCGAACCGGGUGGGGAGCUGCUGGUGCACAGGUUCUGAGCGGGGGGGGGGAGCCUUGGAGGGCAAGGGGGGCUAAACAAAGAGAGUUAAGCUCAGCUCAUUGGCUUAUCAAGACCCAGCCCCCAUGCGGAUGGGGCAAAUGCAGUAAUGUCAGUGGGAGCCUGGCCAGGAACUUCUGAAGUGUAUGUGCGCGCUGGAGAGCUGCCAGGCUGGCAAGAGCAGGUCGGGGCUGGGUGGUGCCUGGAGGGCCGCGCAAGCCCUUCGUCAAUCUUGCUGGGACUGAGGAGGUACAAGGGGGAAAGAUGGUGAUUUUGUCUCAUAACUACUUGGGUACACCCCAGAAUCUCGUGGAAAUGAGGGGAAGGUUUAGUGUGUGGGGGUGGGGAGGUGGGCAGAAGUCUGGGGCAGGAGCAGGCAAAGGAGGUUCUCAGUCAAUAAAAGAAAAACCAGACCAAAGUUCUUGUAGGUUGGAAAAAAGCACAUGACAGUGGAGUUGGGAGUGUGGAGGGAAACUGGGGAAUUAGAUUUGCUGUUGAUUUGAAUUAAGGUAGAAAUUAGGGUUGGCCAAAUUCUUCCUCCUGAAGGAUCUGGAAAGACAAGGCAGUAAUGUGUCCUCACAGGUGCUUAUUAGGAGGGGGUUGGUUUAAAUCUGCUUACUGAGAUGGGAAAGGGAAGAACUUACAAGGGGAAUCCUUUUCCUCUCAAGUUUUAUUUCUUCUAAACAGCCAUUUGUCAUCCGUUCUGGUUCGAGAGGAGAUUGCUGAUUGCCCCGGAUCUUUUCCUCAUC